AUGAUCGUUGAUGGCUUAUCCUGGUGGCAGUCUUGGCUAUGCGUAUGGAUUGGCUACAGUCUUGCUGCAAUCUUUGUUUGUCUGCUGGGUCGGAUUGCCACUAUUUAUCGAAUCCCCUUCGCUGUCACCAACAGAGCCUCGUUUGGAAUAUGGGGCUCUUUCUGGCCCAUUCUCAAUCGAGCAGGCAUGGCCGUGAUAUGGUAUGGUGUUCAAACAUAUCUUGGAGGUGAAUGCGUAACAUUGAUGAUCCAAGCCAUCUGGCCAAGCUACGCAAAUCUUCCCAAUACUAUGCCUGCCAACGCAGGGGUGACGACAAAGCAGUUCGUCAGCUUCUUCUUGUUCUGGUUGGGAUCUCUUCCCGCUCUGUGGUUCCCAAUCUACAAGAUCCGGCAUCUUUUCACGGUGAAGGCAUACUUUUCUCCCGCAUGUGCCAUCGCCUUUUUCGGUUGGGCAAUUGCACGCGCCCAUGGAUUGGGUCCAAUCAUGACUCAAUCUAAUACUGCUCAUGGCAGUGCACUUGCAUGGGUAUUCGUCAAGAGUAUUAUGAAUUGCAUUGCCAAUUUUGCCGCCUUGGUGAUUAACAAUCCUGACUUUGCGCGAUAUGCAAGCAAGCCAAAGGAUGCACUCUGGCCUCAGCUGAUCACCAUUCCUGUGGGCUUUGCAGUCACUUCCUUCAUUGGAAUUGUUGUAUCCUCCUCUGCAAUGGUCAUCUUCAACCAAUCCGUUUGGAACCCUUUGACUCUCCUAGGAAUGUUUUUAGAAAAUGCCAGCUCAGCAGAGAGAUUUGGUAUCUUCGUCAUUGCCAGUGGCUUUGCUUUGGCACAGCUUGGAACGAACAUUGCCGCCAACUCAGUCUCUGCGGGUACCAAUUUGACUGCUUUGCUGCCACGAUUCUGUACAAUCAGACGGGGAGGCUAUAUCUGUGCAGCUAUUGGGCUUGCUAUGUGUCCUUGGACUCUCGUUGCCUCCUCUAACAAAUUUACCCUCUACCUCUCCGCAUAUUCCGUCUUUCUAUCGGCAAUUGCAGGUGUCAUGGCUAGCGACUACUAUUUAGUACGCAAAGGCUAUUUCGAUAUUGAGGAUUUAUACAGUGCGCGCAAGGACGGUGCCUACUAUGGGAUUUAUGGAGUCUCAUGGCAUGGGUAUGCAGCCUAUUUUUGCGGCAUUUUAAUCAACAUUGUUGGAUUUGCGGGUGCCGUGGGGGUCAAUGUCCCUCAGGGCGCAGUAUACAUUUACAACAUCAAUUACUUUUCCGGGUUCAUUGUAUCCGGGGCGGUUUAUUGGCUUCUAGCCAAGAUGGUCCCUCUCCCUGCAACAAGCGAGACCUGGAACGAAGUUCCUUACGAGACGAGUCUGGACGCCGAUGAGGAGAAGAAAGUGGAGGAAGCCUGA